CAAGUCUCGCGUCACUCAAAACGGUGGCGGAGGGCCUAUUCAAGAAGGUGUGCUUAUGGCGGUGACGGAGAUUGCGACUUUUUUGAAUUGUUAAGGCUUCACUCUUCGGGGUUAUCCUGCCUCUGGUGGUCCCAGCGUUUAGCAGGUUGUAGGGAGGGACAGCUCUGAUGAUGGAGAAUGGACAAGGCACAGGCGCGAAGCUUGGCCUGCCGCCUCUCACCCCGGAGCAGCAGGAAGCACUUCAAAGGGCAAAGAAGUAUGCCAUGGAGCAGAGCAUUAAGAGUGUCUUAGUGAAGCAGACCAUUGCCCAUCAGCAACAACAGCUCACCAACCUGCAGAUGGCAGCAGUGACAAUGGGCUUUGGAGAUCCUCUCUCACCUUUACAAUCGGUGGCAGCUCAGAGGCAGCGCGCGCUAGCCAUCAUGUGCCGCGUGUACGUGGGCUCCAUAUACUACGAGCUCGGCGAGGACACCAUCAGACAAGCCUUUGCUCCGUUCGGCCCCAUCAAGAGCAUCGACAUGUCAUGGGACUCUGUGACAAUGAAGCACAAGGGCUUUGCCUUUGUGGAGUAUGAGAUCCCGGAGGCUGCACAACUGGCUCUGGAGCAGAUGAACUCUGUCAUGCUCGGGGGCAGGAACAUCAAGGUGGGGCGGCCAAGUAACAUCGGUCAGGCGCAGCCCAUCAUCGACCAGCUGGCAGAGGAGGCUCGUGCCUUUAACCGGAUCUACGUGGCCUCCGUCCACCCCGAUCUCUCAGACGAGGACAUCAAGAGUGUCUUUGAGGCCUUCGGGAGGAUCAAGUCCUGCACGUUAGCCAGGGACCCAACCACGGGAAGACACAAGAGCUUUGGCUUCAUCGAGUACGACAAGCCUCAGUCGUCCCUGGACGCGGUGUCCUCAAUGAACCUGUUUGACCUGGGGGGCCAGUACCUACGGGUGGGCAAGGCUGUGACCCCUCCCAUGCCCAUGCUCACCCCCACCCAGCCUGGUGGCCUGCCGCCCGCCGCAGCCGUGGCUGCCGCCGCAGCCACCGCUAAGAUAACGGCCCAGGCAAGUAUGAUUCCCUUCCAAAGGGAUCUAUUGGCCUUCCAGGAGGCCGUGACUGGGGCGUCCAUCUUGGGGGCGAUGGCCGGGGCAAACCAGAUGGGUCAGAUGGGUCAGAUGGGACAGAUGGGUCAGAUGGGCAUCCCACAGGCAGUCAUGGCUGCCCAGGCCCCUGGAAUGAUCACAGGUGUGACGCCCGCGCGUCCUAACCUGCCCGUGUUGCCCCAGGUGGGCCUGGUCAACCCUGUGUUGGCCUCGCCGCCCGUCAUCGCCAACCCGCCCCAGCCCAACCCCACUCUACAGGAGCUGAUAAAGAAGAAGGAGGAGGAGAAGGAAAAGGAGAUGCUUCAGGACGGGACAGGCCAGGAGAUGUUGAGUGACCAGGAACACAUGAGCAUCUCAGGCAGCAGUGCCAGGCACAUGGUCAUGCAGAAGCUGCUGAGGAAGUCUGAGUCUACGGUGAUGGUGUUACGGAACAUGGUGGGACCAGAGGACAUCGACGAUGACCUGGAGGGCGAGGUGACCGAGGAGUGCGGCAAAUUUGGCGCCGUCAACCGCGUCAUCAUUUACCAGGAGAAGCAGGGUGAGGAGGAGGACGCCGAGAUCAUCGUCAAGAUCUUUGUGGAGUUCUCCAUGGCCUCGGAGAUGAACAAGGCCAUCCAGGCACUCAACGACCGCUGGUUUGGGGGUCGCAAGGUCAUCGCGGAGGUCUAUGACCAAGAGCGCUUCAACAGUAGCGACCUCUCCGCAUAAACUGUCUGAAAUGGUCGCCCAAACCCAUCCCAUACCCCUUGCUCAAACUCACUUCAGCCACUGUCACUGCUGCUAGAGAUUUGGGCCUCUUUUUAACUUGUAAUUAUUUUUUUUAUUGAUGUUAAUAUUAAUAUUAUUAAUGGUCUCGCUUGAGGGAUUGGUUAAGAAACGAAUAUUUGCGCCUCAUGGAUUUUGUUCUGUCACCUACUGUGAAGACUUCCUGAUUUUUUUUUUUUUUGUAUUAUUUGCAGGUUUUUUUUGUAAUCAAAAUUGAGAAGUCAUGAUUAGGUUACCCCCUUUUUUAAGUUUGCAGAUGUUUGCUCUUCUUACAUUGUCAGGAUUCUUUAAACAUCGUUUUAUUGGUUCUAGUUUCCCCACAAAAAUAAAUUCUUCAACAU